CAGCCAGUCAAUAUGUCCAAGUAAAUGCAGUGAAAGUGUUUUGCGGAAGCUUGCGUCUCUUUUACCAAUAAUGCAUGAAAAAAUUAAACGCAUCAAAGAGAUACACGCUAAAAGUUUUCUACAGUACGAAGACCUUAGCAACUCUGAUGCAACCAAGUGUUCAUCAGAUAUCAAAAGUGUUUUGGCGACAGCAUUAUACUGUGAAGAAUCGCUUAAAAUGUUUGAAUGUACCGAAGCCGUUAGAGACAUCAAUUGCCAUAUCAACCCUUUGUUGGACGAUUAUAAAUACAUUCAAGCUAGAUGCUCAUUCCCGUUGGAUGAGGCCUCGAAGGAAGGCACAUGUGUUGUAGAUCUAUCAGCUCAACUAGCUGACCUGGAGCAAGGCAUUAGUCUGUUGUUUUCGGUGCAGCAAGAACUGAGCGAGCUAAUGUUGACAUUUAACGCUUUGUACAUAUACAAUCGCUAUUCGGGGCAUCAAGCUAAAACGAAAGAUUUAGAGGAAGAAAUCGCGCACUUCAGUAGCACAGUAUCAUUAAAAUACAGUGGAUGUUCCUUACGCUUGAAUCUUUGA